AUGUACAGAAUCAAUGAUCGGCACCAACUGGCCAAAUUAUUUCUCUAUGAUUUAGUUGCAUCGAUGAAAGCUGAAAAUUAUUUUCUUGUAUUAGCUAUGAAUGAUCGACGAUUGUUCACACUAAUGACUGCCGAUCCAAUUGCUCCAGAUCUACAAGAAAAAAUUCAGACCUUACCAAGCAGAACUCUUCAACAAACAGUAAAAUCUGCUACUGUGAAACUUGUCGAACAUAUUCAAGCGUGUGCUGAUAUGAAUUCAAGCGAUGAAGAUGAUGAUGAUGACAAUAAUGAAAAUGAUGCUCAGACAACACAGGACUCUGUUAUAAAUCCUAUUAAAAAAACUGUACGACCCGUUAGUUCGCUUCGUUUUGUUACUCGUCUGAAUGGACGACAUUCUCAAGCAAAAACGAAUACCGUUAAUGGUACACUAUUAAAAUUCAUCGAAUUAUUUUCGAAAAAUGUAAAGAGUAUCGAUGUCAAACAAUUAGUACAUGACUCGGAUGAAGAAAAUCAUGAUAAUGAUCUUAAUGUAGACUUGCCUAUUGCAACAAAUGAUCAUCAAUAUGUUGAAGAUGAUUUGAAUGAUAUUCGCCAAAAAACAUUCAAAUAUGAUCAGCAACAAGUAAAAGGAAUUCAUCUGGCAAAUGCGGGUAAUCAGAAUUUGAAAGUAGUCAAUAGUUACUCGGUUAGUUCAAAUACAUGUACUAUUAUUUGA